CCCCCGCCGCCCCCGCCGGGUGCAUGAGAUUGAUGCUCCUGUGCUGCACCUGGAGGGACGGGCAUAUGGGAGAGGAGGAAGGAAAUGACUUGCCUCUCUGCGCCGACUGUGGCCAGAGCAUCUUCGAUGGGCAGUACCUCCAGGCCCUGAACGCCGAUUGGCACUCCGACUGCUUCAGGUGCUGUGAAUGUGGGGCCUCCCUGUCCCAUCAGUACUACGAGAAAGAUGGGCGUCUCUACUGCAAGAAGGACUAUUGGCUGCGCUUCGGGGAGCUCUGUCACGGCUGCUCUGAGCAGAUCAACAAGGGGCUCAUCAUGGUGGCCGGGGAGCAGAAGUACCAUCCGGAAUGUUUCAUCUGCCUCACCUGCCGGGCCUUCAUCGGCGACGGGGACACCUAUGCGCUGGUGGAGCGCUCCAAGCUCUACUGCGGGCGCUGCUAUUACCAGAUGGUGGUGACGCCCGUGAUGGAGCAGAGCCUGCCCGACUCGCCGAGCUGCCACAUCCCGCACACCGUCACCCUGGUGUCCAUCCCCGCCUCGGCCGACGGCAAGAGAGGCCUCUCCGUGUCCAUCGAUCAGCACUACGGCGGCCCGGGCUGCGGCCCCGACUUCCCCCACACCGUCCGGGUGCGAGGGGUGGACCCCGACUGCAUCAGCCCGGACAUGAAGAACUCCAUCCACGUCGGGGACCGCAUCCUGGAGAUCAACGGCACCCCCAUCCGCCACGUGCCCCUGGACGAGAUCGACCUGCUUAUCCAGGAGACCAGCCGGCUGCUGCAGCUGACCAUCGAACACGACCCCCACGACGCCCUGGUCCGCGGGCCCGGACCCCCGGCCAGCCCCCUGGCUGACCUGCACAGCCCCCCGGCCCGCACCCCUGGCCCCGCCGACCUCGGGCCUCCCUGCCAGAGGCCCGUCCUGCGCAGCUGCAGCAUCGACAAGUCCCCCGGCUCGGCCUCCCCGGGCUCGUCGGGCUCCCAGGGCUCCCAGCCUAACAACCUGGGCCGGUCCGGUUCUCUCCGGGCCGUGUCCCGCGCACACCGCAUCUUCCGGCCGUCGGACCUGAUCCAUGGCGAGGUGCUGGGCAAGGGCUGCUUCGGGCAGGCCAUCAAGGUGACACACCGAGAGACGGGAGAGGUCAUGGUGAUGAAGGAGCUUAUCCGGUUUGAUGAGGAGACGCAGAGAACUUUCCUAAAAGAGGUGAAGGUGAUGAGGGGCCUCGAACACCCCAACGUCCUCCGGUUCAUCGGCGUGCUCUAUAAGGACAAGCGGCUCAACUUCAUCACCGAGUACAUCAAGGGCGGGACUCUCCGGGGCCUCAUCAAGAGCAUGGACAGCCAGUAUCCGUGGAGUCAGCGUGUGAGCUUUGCCAAAGACAUCGCAUCCGGCAUGGCCUACCUGCACUCCAUGAGCGUCAUUCACCGGGACCUCAACUCCCACAACUGCUUGGUGCGAGAGAACAAGAGCGUGGUGGUGGCGGACUUCGGCCUGGCCCGGCUCAUGGUGGAGGACAAGGGUCAGCCCGACCAGCUCAAGACGCUGAAGAAACCGGAUCGGAAAAAGCGCUACACCGUGGUGGGAAACCCAUACUGGAUGGCUCCAGAGAUGAUCAACGGCCGGAGCUACGAUGAGAAAGUGGACGUGUUCUCCUUCGGGAUUGUCCUGUGCGAGAUCAUCGGCCGCGUGAACGCAGACCCCGACUACCUUCCCCGCACGAUGGACUUCGGCCUCAACAUCCGGGGCUUCCUGGACCGCUACUGCCCCCCCAGCUGCCCCCCGAGCUUCUUCCCCAUCGCCGUCCAGUGCUGCGACCUGGAUCCCGAGAAGAGGCCAUCUUUCCUCAGUUUGGAGCAGUGGCUGGACUCCCUUCGCCGGCAUCUGGAGCUCCGCCUGCCCCUGGGGCCGCAGCUGGAACAGCUAGAGCAAGGCUUCUGGGCCCGCCACAGGCGGGGGGAUGGCGGGCUGCCCGCCCACCCCGAAGUGCCAGACUGAACCUCGCGGGCGGUGGCCGGGUCCGACUGGCCGACCCUGUAAAUAGCCAGCAGCUCGCCCAUCUGCUCGCCCCCCUGCACGGACUCUCCCUCCUGCCUCUCUCGCCGCUCAGGGGAACCCCCGCCCCAUGGCAGGGUCCAGACUUGG